GUGAUUCGCAUUCUGUUUGUCCUCUGAUACUCGUGAGCAAAUAUAGUGCGUUUUCAUUGUGCGUGUCUCUAGGCAUCUUGCAUAUAAAUUCGCGGUAGAGCAGCUGUUCGCAUUUUCGCUGCUACCAAUUUACUGCACGGUGUUGCAAUAAGCUAAUUUACAAGAAAGAAAUAAUGGCCCAGGAGUUCGUCGAGACAAAAUUAAAAGGGGACAAAGUCGUUUUGUUUUUGAAACCGUCGUGUCCGUAUUGCGUGAUGGCAAAGGAGGUUCUGUCCAAGUAUAAAUUCAAAGCUGGACACCUGGAGUUCAUCGAUAUAAGUGGAAGAAACGAUAUGAGCAAAAUUCAGGACUACUUCCUUGAGAUAACCGGAGCUAGAACCGUGCCGCGGGUCUUCAUUGGAGAGGAGUGUAUAGGUGGCGGCAGUGACGUAGCUGAACUGGAUAAGAACGGGAAGCUGGAGGGGAUGCUGCUGUCCAUCGGUGCUCUGCAGUAAAUUCAGGGCGGGGCCAGGAGGGUCACAUGACCAGGCAGCGGGACUUGCGCAGUUGUCUUCUCCGCUGCUGGUACUCGCUGAGCUCCUGCAGGUAACCCCUGGACGGCCAGCGGACCCUCUCCACCUGCUCCCGCUCCUCGUCUGAAACACAGCCCCACCACCCCCCACCACCCGAUAAAGAAGACGCUGUCACCACGACGAUGAUGGUUCAUACACUGCCCCUCAACAGUACCCUGGAUUUCCAGGAACCCCCCCAAACCAGCCCAAUUUUUUAACCAAUGACGUAUUGCUGCCAGGUCACAUGGUUUAAUAUGAAGGCAUUAACGGCCAUUUUUUGGUAUUUAUCAUAGACAGCCUUACAAGAAAUGACCAGACCAAAAAAAGAACCCUCAUUUAGUUUUCAGUCCUUGUAGGUUGCUUACCAACAGUCUUUGCUAGAUGUAGGUCCUAUACUAUGUUGUAACUAAACACAUUGUACUUUAGCCCUUUCUAAAAUGGGGGGGGGGGGGGAAGCCCGUCCAAUAUAAAUGUACUGGAAAUCUGUUGUUCUCUAUAGAAUUAGAUGUGCUGAAUCCUAUUAAAUCAAUUUAAAUACAUCAA